AUGACCACCAAAGAAACAGAACCAGCCUCCACCCAAGUCUUCCGCCUUCCCGAGCUCCUCCAGCCCAUCCUCGAGCAGAUCCCCCCAACCAAGCACGCCGACCACAUCAAGCGCCCGACCUUCCAAUUCUUCGUCCUGAAGAGCGUCAACUCCACCUUCAAGUCCAUCAUCGAGGACUCGAAGAUCUGCCGCCAGCAGAUGCACCUCGAGCAUCCCGUUCAAGACCCUUCACCCAAAGAUCAGCUCCACUUGGUCCAAUGGCUCUGCCACGAGCUCAACUGGCACGUCCAAUUGAGCGCUGACAUGGCUCCCGUCAGCCCGAAAGCUGACCUUGAGCCUGUUCGCCCGAAGCAUCCGAUUUGUAUUGAUACGAUAGGGCCAUGCGAAGGCAGCGAGAAGGUUCGGAAGACGGUUGCUCGAUUCUCACGGGUGUCCGCUUGGCGUGAGGUCAAGUGGAGUAUGUCAGUGGUGGCAGAAUUUUGGCAGCAGGAUUUGAAGGUCGCCGAUUACGAGAGGGGUUUCUUACGCUUCGUUCAUCCAGAGAACCUGGGAAUUCUGUUGGAGUGCACUGGAGGGCUGGUUUGGUGGCACCUGAAGCAGUAUAAGAAGUGGGAGGAGGAGAGGCCGGAGAGGGAGGAGCAGCAGCGUGAGUGGAGAGAGUGGAAGAUGAAGGAGGACGAGGCGAAGGAAGACGAGAGGAGGGAAGCCGAGAAGAAGGAGGAGGAGGAGGAGGAGGAGGAGAGAAAGAGGCACGAGAAGGAAGAGCAUGAGAAGAUGAUUAAGAUUGUGGUGUGGACAGUGGCCAUCGCAGUGGCGUCGGUGCUCAUGGAGAUUUUCUGGCGUGCUUUGGGAGAGAGCGGCUAA